CGGCAUCCAAAUCUCGCACGGCUGCAAGCGCCUGUCCAGCACCCACUGCCGGCAACCACAACUCCCGCUCCAGCGCCUCCCUGUCGCCAUGUCCAUCAGCCUCGGCUUUGUGGAGCCGGUCGAUCCGACCGAUCCGCUUAUUCCGGAUCUACACAGCUUUCCCGACAAAGUCGGCGGCCUGCCGCUCUGGCUUGCACCGAUACCCAUGAAAUCCGACUCUGCCAAGUGCGGUGUUUGCGAGAAGAUCAUGCCGCUGCUGCUUCAGAUGUAUACUCCCGAAGACAACUCGGUAGAUGCAUUCCAUCGGGUCGUCUAUGUGUUUUGCUGCAAGAAUGGAUCGUGCCACAAGACUUCGUGGAAGAAAGCAAUCAAAGUCUUCAGGAGCCAGCUUCCGGAAGACAACCCAUACUACGAUCUCGAAGCACGGAACGUUCCAAUGUGCUUCGUGUGUGGAAUGGACGGAACUAAGCGAUGUGCAAAGUGCCAAGUGGCCCGAUACUGCUCGCGCGAGCACCAACUGGUUCACUGGAAUCAAGGAGGACACAAGCAGCAAUGCCCGCGGAUUGCCAAGGGCGAGUCCAUCGACAACGACCAGAUCUCGGCUGACUGGCUCGCCAAGGUGGUGUUCCCCGAAUACGAACUGGUGUCCGAGGCCGAGCCGGAUCCCAAAACGCAUCGGUACGAGGACGACGACAAAGUCAAGCAGCUCAUGGAUGGCGCCGCCAUCGAGGAGGCGGACCCAGAUGAAGUCGACGAAGACAGCAAGGUCGACGUGGACAAGGCCUUCCUCAAGUUCCAGAAGCGGCUUAUGAUCGAGCCUGAGCAAGUAGUCAGAUACAACCGCAACGCCGAGGGAGAGGUCCCGCCACCGCUGUGGGGAAGCGAUAUGGGCAAGCCAACCGAUGCAGAAGUUGGGCUGUGUCUCCACUGCGGCGGAAAGAGAGAGUUUGAGUUCCAGGUCAUGCCGCAACUGCUGAACUAUAUCGAGAACGACCAUUCUGCGACCGACUCACUCGACUGGGGCACGCUGCUGGUGUUCUCGUGCACCCAGAACUGUCAACCGAAGGAUAUGACCUACAUCGAGGAGUUUGUUUGGCGGCAGGACUUUACCGAGAACGGAUGGGGAGACUCGCUGCGAAAGGGACAGGGCGAGCCACCCAAACAACCAUCGGAAGAGAACUGAUGGGGAUCAUCAAGCACACUCUCACGCUGUCGCUUGUUCGCUCUGGCUGUCCAUGCUGGUCGGAGGAAAUGAGAGGAGUGAUCUGAUCACACUCGAUGAAUCGGAGCCGGACAGAUCGCUCAGUCACAACACAAAUAGAUGCAAUGCUGCUCUCAGGAAAACAGGGCAGUGCCCCACUUGCGCUUCUUCAUAGCUCAGGCCCUGCCUGUUGUUGGUUCAGGAGAGCACAGCCCCGAGAUACAACACACAUUCGGCCAUCUGAACAGCACCGUGGUUUCUUG